UAAUCGUUACUUUUGUUAUUUGUUUAUAGAAGAACGUUUUACAUCACAGGUCACCUUCUUAUGAGAUGAAAUCAUAACAUUAGUUUUGCCACUGAUUGGUUGAUACAGAACGAAUGGCGAACAUUAGCCAAUCACCGUCCACUAGAGUUACAUUUUGGCUACAUAAAGGAACAAACGUGCUUUAGUUGAAUCGACCGAAACAACCUGCAUCGUGUAUAAUCCUUGGUCGAGAUAUCGUAGCAGACGACGCUCCGAUCGACUUGACAGCAUAGUCCGUAAUUUCACGUGUCCUCUCGCACAUCGCAUUGCGUAACUGGAGUCUAACUUCCAGGGAGGAGCUCCCUUUUUCGACAGAAUAGUGGCAUGAGUCGAUUAAUCUAUGGCAGAUCAACAAGAUCAGUUGUCAUCAGGGGGGUCUGUAGAGACGGCCGAUGCUUUAUCAGACACCUCUAAGCUUGGAGGGAAUAGCUCUGGCAGUGGUAGCAGUGGUUAUAGAAAACGACAAAGUACUGGUUCUAUUCCGGUCACUGUAGAAGAAAAAAGGCGUAGAGGAACUAUUGAUAACUCACAAUCAUCCGAAGUUUUUAAUAAUACUUCUUCAUAUAAACAUUUGACUGAUUCCUUUAAAACAGAGAAUAGAACAAGAGGUGAACGUAAAAGUCAUGGCAGUGGCUUAGAUUCAUAUCUAGAUACUGAUUGGAGGCCUCAACAUAAGGUUCAGCAAUCAAAUUAUAAUAUCAGUGGGAAUAGUACAAGAGUUCGUAGUGCAGCAAGGACAAGUUUGCCAGAGUUAAAUUUGAAGGCUAUCGACUGUAUUGCUUCAAGAACACGUUCUCGAACACCACAAAAUCCGCAAGCCGUAUCGCAAGGACAUAACAGUUUCGAUUUAUCACUAUCCAGUGGCUACAGUAAUCGAGAAGAAUUGACUUAUAACAACUUGGUGCCAACAUCAAACAGUACACCAGUUACUAGUCAUCCAUCUACAUCAAGAGGACGAGGCCUGAGGAUGAGCGAAUGUCUGGAAGGAUUUGUGUCUGCUGUCAAAGCACUUUUUCCAAUAUCAACACAAACGUAUCAUCAAGAAGGAUCAAAAUCACACGGUGGUGCAACUUGCGCAAGUAGCAGCGCGAAUAGUCCAGUUUUGGGUGUGAAGUCCAGCAUCAGAGUGGGUAACACAGCCAGUAAUUCUGUGGAGAGUGGUGGGGGGGCGUUGGCACAUGACGGGGCAGGCACUAGUGGCAUCACGACAACAGCCACUGCCAAUCCACCUGUGUCUGCCACCGCUGCUGCCAACCCUGCACACCCUCAUCCUACGCACAAGCAUAUAUUACGUCCUCGCGCAAAAUUCUCCAGUGAGCAAUCUAAAGAACUGCCAACUAGUAACAAAACUUCAGGAAAGCAUCAUAAAAAGGACUCUACAACGGGCACUUGUUCAAGCUCCAGACACCGCUCUUCGUCACGUGCAAGAAAAGCAGUGAUAGAAGGUGGUUCUGGAGGAGUAGGAAGUGUAAUGUCAGGAACUGAAUCAGUAACUAAUAGUGCUACUCCAACAUCGGUCUCAUCCACAGUUCCUGGCAACCAAUUGGUGACUACAACAGGCGAAGACGAAUCAGCAUCAACAGCUACAUCUGCCACUGCAAGUGGAGGACCAUCUGGAAUGUCGGCCACUACAGGAGACAGCGAAAGCGACGAUGGCGAAGUUGGAAGACUGCAAGCAUUGUUGGAAGCUAGAGGCUUACCCCCUCAUGUGUUUGGUGCAUUAGGAUCACGAAUGCAACAUUUAUUAAACAGAAGUAUGGGUGCAAGUUCUGCUGCUAAGGCACAACAGCUGUUGGCUGGUUUACAAGCUGUUGACGAUGAAGGUGAACAGCUACAAGCUGUCAUUGGAAUGGGUGAAAUUCUGGUUAUGGGAAACGAGGACACAUUGACUGGUUUUCCAGUGAAACAAGUGGUCGCAGCUUUAAUUAAUUUACUUGGAAUAGAGCACAAUUUUGUAAUAAUGACACAUGCGUGUCGUGCUCUUACUUACAUGAUGGAAGCUUUACCUCGUUCGUCAACAGUUGUAGUUGAUGCUGUCCCAGUGUUCUUACAAAAGCUGGAGUCUAUAGAGUGCAUGGAUGUGGCAGAACAAUGCUUAACGGCACUAGCCAUGUUAUCACGGAGACACAGUAAAACUAUAUUACACGCGGGAGGAGUAUCAGCUUGUUUGAAAUUUGUUGAUUUUUUCAAUAUCACGGCUCAGCGAGCUGCAUUAACAAUUACAGCGAACUGUUGCCAAAAUCUCCAUCCUGAUGAUUUUCAUUUGGUAGUCAGCAGUUUGCCUUUACUGACAAGUAGAUUAACAAAUCAGGAUAAAAAAAGUGUUGAGUGUGUUUGCCAAGCAUUUAGUCGUUUAGUUGAUAGUUUUCAACAUGAACCUAUAACUUUACAUAAAAUUAUAAAUGCAGAACUUCUUCAAAACUUACAACAGCUGCUUAUGAUUACACCACCUGUAAACAGCAUUGGUAAUUUCAUAACAGUGUUACGUAUGCUCUCUGUGAUAUCAAAUCGCUGUCCCGACUUGGCACAGCUGCUUCUGCAACAAAAUAUAGCGUUCACGCUGAGUUAUCUUUUAACCGGAUCGCUGGAAGUGAAAACGGAAGACGUAGAGUUAGUGCCGCGUUCUCCGCAAGAGUGGUUUGAAAUCACUUGUCUGAUCGAGGAACUCAUGCCUCCGCUACCAACAGAUGGUAUAUUUAGUGUAAAUAGUUUACUUGAAAGGACCAGUAAUCAACAAGAAAACGUUCAUUGGGAAUGGCGCGAUGAAAGGCAUUGUUGUCAUCCAUUUAGUACUAUCGAUUCUAGAAUUAUUGAGAUGGCAUUUCAGAAUGGCGAAGACGAGAUUUGUCUUUCCUCUCUAGGACGAACUUAUACGAUAGAUUUGACUGUGAUGAAACAAAUCAAUGAAGACAUUGGAGUAGCGCGAAGCAUUUUUCGUAGAGUAAAUACUCAUCCCACGGAAGGCAAAAGUCCUACUUGUUUAUCAAGCAUGGAUGUUAUACCUCCAGUAAUCGAAACAAACGAAUGGCUAGUGUCUUUUAUCCGAACAUUAUUCUCUGUCCUGUACGAAGUCUAUAGCAGUUCUGCUGGUCCUGCUGUGAAAUGUAAAUGUCUUCGAGCUCUUUUACGUAUGGUCUAUUAUGCUUCAACAGAUUUACUUAAGGAUGUCUUGAAGAACCAAGUAGUAUCAUCACACAUAGCGGGCAUGCUGGCAUCCCAAGAUUUACGGAUCGUUAUUGGAGCUCUGCAGAUGGCAAGUAUAUUAAUGAAAAGGCUACCACAAGUGUUUGGGGUUCAUUUCCAUCGUGAAGGUGUACUACAUCAAAUACGACAACUAGCUGACCCUGAAGUACCUCUUGGUGUUUCACCACCCAAGUGUCCUUCUGGUACAUCAUUACCAACCCCACAGCCAGGUCCGUCGAAUACAUCACUUUCUUCCACCACAAUGUUGUCUUCUAGUAAUGCCACGUCUCCAAUUGCUUCUCCAUCAACGAAUGGUAACAUAUUGUUCGGAACAAUUGCAACGUGUCAGUUGAAACCGAACCUUUCUGCAUCGAUGGAGACACACGCUAGAAACGAAUUAAACUCUACAGUAGAUGACGUAUCCACACCACAAAGUGCUCAUUUGAGACUCGGGGACGUGCUAAAAAGAAAACGGCAAAACAAGAAGGGCCGAUUUUCUAGACUAGGCGGUACAACGCCACAACAAACUCAACAACCGGAAUCACUUUUUACUGGUUUCACUACUAAAAACAAUCGAUUCUUAGGAAAUCUUAAUCCCGCUAGAUGGGGUCGAAAAUCGUCGUCUUCAAGUUCUACUAACGAUAAAAGAGAUUCAAGCUCGUCGACGAGUUUAUCGAAACCGCCAAGCAAUUCAAGCUUAACGGGAGGCAAUCGAGAUAAAGCUAAAGCAUGGGUACGUGAACAGGCUGCACAGUUCUUGACACGAUAUCAAGACAAUGCACCCUGCACACAUCCUGCAAUGACAGUCCUUUCGAGACUUACUGCUGCUAUACAACGGUUACAAUCAAACGAAUUGGAUGAAAUGUUAUCGGCGCUUACUGAAUUGCGAGAUAUAAUACUCGAAAGUGACAUAUCUCCAUUUGAAAUGAAUUAUAGUGGUCUUAUUAAAGCUCUGCUCAACUACCUCACUACUACAGAUGCUCCUGGUAAUCGUUAUGAUCGCCUUCGAAUGUUCUGGAAGUUGUUUGCAGAAUCGACUAUGCAGCAGAGCAACAAUAUUAUGGACCUUAAUCCUGGAGCUUUUGGUGCUCUGGUAACGAAACUAAACAGUUGUGUUGCACAGUUGGAACAAUUUCCUGUGAAAGUUCAUGAUUUACCAGCGGGAUCUGGUGCUGGUCGUGGAGGUACCAGUGCUCUCAAGUUCUUCAAUACACAUCAACUUAAGUGUAAUCUCCAACGACAUCCAGAGUGUAAUAAUUUAAAGCAGUGGAAAGGUGGUACUGUUAAAAUAGAUCCUCUUGCGUUAGUACAAGCAAUUGAACGUUAUUUAAUGGUUCGUGGAUAUGGUAGAAUACGGGAAGCAGAAUCUAUGGUCAGUGAUGACGAUAACAGUGAAGAUGAUAUAGAUGAUACUUUGGCAGCGGUAGUUAUAAGUCAAGGAUCAGCAAAACACAAACUUCAAUUUUUAAUUGGAGACGAAGUGCUGCCUUUCAAUAUGACUGUUUAUCAAGCCGUCAGGCAGUUCGGUUGUUCUGGAAUUGAUCAUUCUGAAGCAGAAGCCGAUGGUGAACCACCACUUGGUCAUGAUGCUGUAUGGGUACAAACUCACACAAUUUAUUACAGGCCUGUACCAGAAGAAGAAACCGCAACAUCACCAAAACCAGGUUCAAGUUCACAGGGUAGCCGCAAAGGUAAAGGAAAGAGUACAAAAAUCAGUUCAAAACGAAAAGAGGAUAGUUUGUGGCUUGAAGGAAUAGUUCCUCCACAACGAUGUCCACUUGAUCCUUACUUGUCUCCUACAUUGCCACCCUCAGUUACCAUUAUUGAUGCUUCAUUAGACGGUUUGUGCCUACUGCGACUUUUACACACGUUAAAUCGUCAUUGGGGUGUUCUAUUUCCUCACCUAAAAUGUGUAAGCUUACUUUCUCCACAAGACUUUAUUAAUAAUAAAAUAGCUGCGAAAGCGAGUAGACAGCUACAAGAUCCUUUGGUUAUCAUGACGGGAAACUUACCUUUGUGGCUACAACAAAUCGCUACAGUCUGUCCAUUCCUGUUUCCGUUUGAAACAAGACAAUUAUUGCUUUAUGCAACAUCGUUCGAUCGAGAUAGAGCUUUGCAACGUCUCUUGGAUUCUGCGCCAGAAUUAUCAGGAUCGGAUAGUCAAGAACGCGUUACUCCACGUUUAGAACGCAGGAAAAGAACUAUUUCGAGAACUGAUAUUCUCAAACAAGCGGAACAAGUUAUACAAGACUUAGCGUCUAGCAGAGCCUUGCUCGAAGUGCAAUAUGUUAACGAGGUUGGUACCGGUCUUGGCCCAACAUUGGAAUUUUAUGCUCUAGUCUCUCGGGAAUUACAACGUGCUGAUCUUGAUCUUUGGCAUGGAAGUUCAAAUGCUACUGAGACAGGAUACGUUAAUCCGUCGCAUGGGCUUUUCAUAAUGCCAAUAUCCUGGAACACUAAAGUAUCCCAUCUUGCAAAACUUAAAACAAAAUUAAAAUUCCUUGGAAAAUUUAUGGCGAAAGCUAUAUACGAUUCAAGAAUGUUGGACUUACCAUUUAGUUUAACUUUUUAUCGUUGGUUAUUGGGAGAAGAACAUACAUUGACGUUAAAUGAUUUAGCGCAUGUAUGUGCAGAUGUACAUCGAACUCUUAGUAGACUGCAAGACAUUGUUAGACAAAAGGAAACGAUCGAGAAAGAUCAGACGUUAAGGCCGCAUGAAAAAGUACAACUAAUAAAUUUUCUAAAUUUAGAUGGUUGUCUAAUUUCGGACCUUGGCCUUGUCUUUGAAUUACCUGGUUAUGAAAACAUCGAAUUAAGAAAGGGUGGAAGUGAGAUACCUGUUACUAUUUACAACUUGGAUCAGUAUAUUAAGUUGGUAGUACAUUGGUUCUUGUACGAAGGUGUCUUGAGACAAAUGGAGGCAUUUCGGGAAGGCUUCGAAUCCGUAUUUCCACCGUCGCAAUUAAGAUUAUUCUUCCCCGAGGAACUCGAAGCUGUAUUCUGCGGGCAUGCACAAACUGGUGGACAAUGGGACGUGAAAACGCUUUCAGAAUGUUGUAGGACGGAUCAUGGUUACACACCAGAUUCUCGCGCGAUACGAUUUUUGUUUGAGGUUAUGUCAAAAUACAACAGUGAAGAGCAAAGGCAAUUCAUUCAGUUCGUCACAGGUUCACCGCGAUUACCAGUUGGAGGUUUUAAGAGUUUAACGCCACCGUUAACAAUAGUGCGAAAAACUUUUGAUCCGUCUAUGAAAACGGACGAUUUCUUACCAUCCGUAAUGACUUGCGUUAAUUACUUAAAACUACCCGAUUACACGACUAUAGAAAUAAUGCGGGAAAAAUUGCGAAUAGCUGCACAAGAAGGACAACACUCAUUCCACCUUUCCUAGAAACGGAUGGAAAACCGGCGCGCCAUUUGCUCUUUUGCUAUCGCAUUGCCCAGGUUGAGACCAAUUAUCCAAACAACAAUUAAAAUAUUAAAGGGAAAGAUAACUGCGUUCGGUUCGAGACUCAGUAAUCGCAAUUUUGCACUUUAUACGAAUUUUUUCGAAGAUUACAUUUUUUUUUUAUUUUAGCGACAAUUCAUUUAAAUAAAUUCUAAUUUGAUGUUUACCUUUUUAUUUAUGAAUUUGAAUUGUGAUAUAUUUUAUCAGGAAAGUGCAAAGAUGGUGUUUUAGCUCUAUACUGUAUGAGUUUCCUCUUGUGGUAUUACGAACCAGGUAGCGCGGGAGCAGCCUUGUUCUAGGAAACUUAUCUUUGAUGUGUUACAAUAAUUAAUAAAAGUUGUAAAUAUAGUUUAAUAUACGCAAGUCUAUAUAAAUACUUUAUAUAAUAGUAACAAGAAAAAUGAUAUUGCUAUGAAACUCUAUACUAAUUACAUAUAAUUUAGUUUGAAGGGACGUUUACUAGAUAUAAGUAUAAGUAAAUUUUAUAUCAGUGGUGCAUUUAGCACCGCCAUGAAUCGCCAAUCUCAUGCCUCACAAUUCGCAGAGAACGUGUCACGAGCUAAAAUCAGUAAACAAACUGUGCGCUACAAAAUGAAGUGGCUCAUGGCUUCAUUCACCAUAACAAAAAAAAAAAAGCAAGAAAAAAAAAAAAAUAAUAACUUUGAAUAUAAUAGCGUGUUUAAUGCCCAUCGUUUUAUUUUCAUAAUCGAUCUCUUGUGUUCGCUGCUUAAUUUACAGCGUCUGCGAGCACUGUGCGAAUUGACGUGCAACACUCCUAUAUUUAAGUUUAUUCGAUGUAUCACCAAUUAAACUUAUUUGAUAUUUUUAUUCUAGGUAAGAUAGUCCAAUUAAUACUUUACUUAGCUGUGUAAAAAAUGCAGCCAGCAUCGCCAGAUCGAGUCAUCGUAAUAAUAUAUGAAUCGAAGAAAAUUCUUAUAUCCACUUACUUACAGGCAAAGUAUCUAUUUAUGAAAAAAUGUACGACAAAUGUAUAAUAUGAAAUAGAAUGGAUAUAAAGUCAGCGAAGCUGGUGUAUCAAAUGGAUUAUACAAGGUACAUUAAUUUCUUAUAUCUCUGUAGAAAUGUGAUUCUAAACAAAAAUUGUGAGCAUAUGAAUUGAUCAAAAGUAGAAAGACAAU